CAGAUUACAGCAAGUGCCUUGAAGCUCCCUGUUUGACGAUUUACUCUCGCAGCUGUUUCGCUGGCUUGAUUCACCACACGAUCCUUUAUAUCAUUGAUCGGACGAUACAAGAGGCAGAAACUGAGUGAAAUUCUCAGUGGUUACUUGAAUUUUAAUUUUACUUCCUCAUCAACUCGAAAUUGCGGGUCGCGCAAGUCGUCGUCAGCUAGAGCUUUUGAUCGACAGCUUCACAUCUCGGCUUUCACAAUCCUCCUUUGUUCACCUCUUUCGGUCUGCGCAUGAUCUAAUUUACCAAUAUGCAUUUCCGAGACUUUGCGCCUCGUACGGCGCUCAUCAGCUCAUUGCUAGCUAUACCACAGCUAGCUUCUGCUUUCUACCUCCCCGGUGUCGCCCCUACUACCUACAAAGAGGGAGAUAAGGUUCCGCUUUACGUGAAUAGCAUCAAGCCUGUCGACCGCUCCCAAGACCCGCGACUACACGCCGUUGUCUCAUACGACUACUACCACCCUGCGUUCCAAUUCUGCCAACCUGAAGGCGGCCCUCAAUAUGUAUCGGAAAGUCUGGGUAGUAUUCUCUUCGGAGACCGUAUCAUGACUUCUCCCUUUGAGCUUAUCAUGGGCAAGAACGAGACCUGCAAACCCCUUUGCGAAGUCAAAUACACUGAGAAAUCGGUUCAAUUUGUCAAAAGCCGCAUCGAACAGGGAUACAGCCUGGAAUGGCUUGUGGAUGGAUUGCCCGCUGGACAGGAAGUUCUCGAUCAGUUGACUGGCACUACCUUUUAUAACCCCCGAUUCUUGCUCGGCCAGGAUGAUAAGGACGACAACAUCCUGUUCAACAAUCACUACGAAAUCGCCGUCGAGUAUCAUGAAGUGAACAAGGACCCCAACCAGCGCCGUGUCGUUGGUGUAGUUGUGCAGCCAAGCUCGAAGGAGUACGGCGGCAAGGCUGAUUGCGCCAACCAUCCGCCCAUCGUUUUGUCCGGAGGCGAGCAGCAUGUUACCUUCAGCUAUAGCGUGAUCUGGCGCAAGUCUGACACUGCCUGGGCCACUCGAUGGGACAAGUACUUGCACGUGUUUGAUCCCAAGAUUCACUGGUUCUGGCUUAUCGACACUGCCAUCAUUGUCGUCAUUCUUGUCCUCACUGUCAUGUCCAUCCUGGUCCGCGCUCUCAAGAAAGAUAUUGCUCGUUAUAACAGACUCGACCAGAUCGACCUCGACGACUUUGGCGGUACUUCGGUUGUUGAGGAUGGUGUUCAGGAAGACUCUGGCUGGAAACUGGUCCAUGGCGACGUCUUCCGAACCCCUUCGCGUCCCCUUCUGCUCUCGGUUCUGGCUGGCAAUGGUGUUCAGCUGUUCUGCAUGACGGGAUGCACCAUCCUCUUUGCUCUUCUUGGAUUCUUGUCUCCUUCAAACCGUGGAUCUCUUGGAACUAUCAUGAUUCUCAUGUAUACUGUCCUCGGCUUCGUUGGUGGUUAUGUCUCUGCUCGAACUUACAAGGCAUGGCAGGGUGAGAGCUGGAAGUUGAACAUUGCUUUGACCCCAACCUUGGUCCCCGGCAUCGUCUUCUCCAGCUUCUUCCUCCUGAACCUUUUCCUUUGGGCCAAGCAGUCAUCAGGGGCGGUUCCUUUCACCACCAUGCUUGUGAUUGUUGCUAUCUGGUUCAUUAUCUCGAUUCCUCUCUCCUUUGGUGGUUCUUGGGUUGGAUUCCGCUCUCCUCAGUUCCAGCCCCCUGUCCGCACCAACCAGAUUCCACGACAGAUUCCUCCUGUGAGCACUUACCUUAAGCCUGUACCCAGCGUGCUUAUUGUCGGUCUACUUCCCUUCGGUGCCAUCUUUGUCGAACUUUUCUUCAUCAUGAACUCGAUCUGGUUCAGCAGGAUCUACUACAUGUUUGGCUUCCUGUUCCUCUGCUACGGCCUCAUGAUUGUUGUCUGCGCUGCUGUCACUAUUCUUAUGGUGUAUUUCCUGCUAUGUGCUGAGAACUACAACUGGCAGUGGAGAUCUUUCCUCGCUGCUGGUAUGAGUGGUGGCUAUAUCUUCUUGAAUUGUCUUUUGUACCUUGUUACAAAGGUCAGGGCGAGUGGAUUGGCCGGUAUUGUGCUCUACAUGGGCUACAGUGCCAUCAUUUCAUUCCUCUUCUUCAUUCUUACUGGCUCCAUCGGCUACUUUGCCAGUUGGUGGUUCGUCCGCAAGAUCUACUCGUCCAUCAAGAUUGAUUAAGAGACGGACUUGCACCAAUAAUGACGGAUGGAUCAUCAACGACAAGUGACGAAUGAAUAAGAGACGGAAUUUUGGUGUUUGUAAAAUACAUGUACAACCAGCAUCUGGAAUUCGCGUUUACCAUGAGCUGUGUUUUAAGCUGCAAACAAGGGCCAGAUCGGCAACAUUAUGGUGAUAAUGGUCCGUGGUGUUGCAUCAGUACGCUGCGAGUACGGAGUAGAUUCAUUUUCAUUUAGACGGAUAUCAAAAUUAGGCCGGUGCCAACAGAGCAGGGCCGUGUUGGCUAUUGAUGAGGAGGUGUUGUUCUGCAUUGUUUUCAAGCUUAUUAUAGAUAUCAAAAAUUCCUUGGCUUAUUUCCUCCUGCU